UCCAGGGGAGAAGCCCGAUCACGUGACUAAUGUCGCUGUGACGAUGCCAUUCACCAUUCCCAACGCAACAUUGAACUUGCAGGAAAGCCCACCUUAACAACACCAUAAACAAGCAAGCAGCGAUGGGUGCCUUGGACAAGUUCUUGACCCAUCACUUCGGGGGCAUACCAAAGUCCUUCAAGGACCUGGAGUGGAUCAUCAGAACGCGGCCAGAUGUGCCACCUAUCAUGGUGUCGGCCGAUGAAUAUCGUUCGGUGACACCGGGGUCGCAACCGACGUACCAGCCUUACAAAAACGAGAAGCUGUCGAAGAACUACUACUUUACUCGCGAUUACAGGCGAGCGUAUCCGCAGACAGUCGUGUACACCUCUGCAGAAAUCUCCGGUCUGCUUCCUCCUGGUAUCGAGGUUAAGAGCAUCGCCGCCAGCUCCGAGACCGGGGAACUCAGCUCAGUCUCACAAAACGCAGCAUACACAGCCAGCAAAUUGCCACCACUCGUAGACCGAAAGUACAGGUGGAAGCCGGCGAUGCCUCAUCUUAAGCCUGAUGCUGUCAACUCUGAAUAUCCUCUCCGUGGAGCUACAUAAAGACAGUAGAUUGAAGACGUUUUGGGCCUACAGCUGUCUUUUUAUCCUUGUCGUCAAUGAAGCAUUACUAUACCCACAUGACAUUUACUUUUCAAAGAAUCGGGGGAGCAUGCAAAAUGCAGGAUUUGGGAGGUUG